AGCCUUGGAGCUGGCUCUUGCCCCCCUCCUGGCAACACCUGCAGCCAUGCUGGUGCGAUCUCGAGUGCUGAGCGCGCUGCGCCAGAGCCGGCCGAAGCGCGGGGGCUUCGGCUCCCCCAAGGACCAUGAGCCCGCCUGGAUCGAGCGGUGGAGUGCGAACCGGCGAGAGGGUCAGGACAAUAUGGACUGGUUCUUCCGCCUGUUCAAUUCCACUCGCAUCUACGAGAUCUUUCUGAAGAGCUCGCCUCGCUUCUACGGCUUCAUCGUGUGGACCAGCAUCAUCGGAGGGUACAGCUGGAGCCGCAUGUGGGACCACAUUUGGGACUACUGCAACCAGGGCAUGCUGUACCGCCACAACCCCUACGUCUACCCGGUUCCAGACGAUGACGAAUGAGAGAGGCGGCUGCUCGCGCGAGCAGUGAGCCGCUGAAGCCAGCGCCCGGUGCGUCAACACCACGGGCCUCACGUGAUCUCACGCCCGAAGGUGCCACCAUUUCUCUAAAGAUCCCCACCGUUGCGCUUGUUCCAGUGGCCAGCCUGACAUCUUUUAUUAAUGAGAUUUUCCUGCAGAUUCAGCUGCAGAAAAGGGAUGUCAGAUGACAGAUAAUUUGAAGGCCAGUGGGAAAGUAAGAGAAGACAACUG